GUUAGUUUAAAUUACUCACAAUAUUAAGUUGACGUAAUUACCAACAUUAUUAUAUCAACACAACUCAUAAAACAUUUUUUGCAACUUAAAAGGUUGAUCUAGAUCAAUAUAUUAGAAAUUUUAACUUUCAACCAUGCAUUUAAUUAAGUGGUGAGAAUAGGGCCACGGCGUUACUUUUUAAAGUGCAGGAGGUAUACCGGUUUGUUUGACCCCCAGCUGUAUGUCGAGGUGUCCUUGAGCAAGAAGGCCAAUUUGCACCACUUUUACAUCGGUGAAUGAAUGUGUAAGAAUUUUUCUGUUUGUGAUCCAUCACUGUGUGAAUGGGUGAAUGUGGCAUGUAGUGUAAAAAGCUGUGAGUGGUCGGAAGAUUAAAAAGGAGCUAUACAAGUACGGACUAUUUGCCAUAACCACUGGCGGAAGAUUACCCACUGACCUAGGAUCAAAAAAACAUUUCCUCAGUCUUCUUCACAUUAUUAUGUUGAUAUGAAUUAUUAUUUUAGAUGAGAACAUUAAAAGUUAUUGAGCAAUCACUAUGAUCUGUUGGUCAAUAUUUAGUUAUCAUUAUGAAGAUAUAUAUUUAUACAUGGUAACAUUCAUUCAUUCAUUCAGAGAUUCCGACUGUUAAAAGACCAAUGGCACUAGAACACAUGGCAUUUAAUUUGACAUUUGUCAUUAAAUUGUUCAUGCAGAUAAACCUUCUUUUUAAGAAAAUUUAGAAACUUAAGUCUCUUGCCGACCGAAAAUCAUUGGUAGUCUAAUCAUAUUUGUUGGUAAUGUUUAACAGAGUGCAAACAUUGGAAACAUUGUGGAGCAGGAACACACACACAAUAAAACAUACGUGCAUGCUGGGAGGGUUAAAAUGCACCUACCCCAUGUGACUGCAAUUAAAUCUUUAGCAUUCACCCAACCAUAUGAAUGCAGAUCAUUGUUUUUAACAAUUGCUGUACUUAUUUUAUUUCAAUUUAUGCUGCUAAACUGCACAGUGCGUAUUGUUGUAUAUUGUAUAUACCUACUUUUAACUGCAAUUUUUGUUGCACUUUGUCACAUUUAGUUACUUGUUUCUUCUUUUCUACUUAUGUUACCUGUAAGUGCUUACAUUUUGUUGCAUUUAGUUAAUUGUUUGAUUUAUUUUAUGUUAGCCUUUAUUUUAUUUUAUUUUAUGUUAUUUUUACUUUAACCCUGUAGUACUUUACCACCUUUGUAUUGAAACUGUUGCACAGUAAUUUCCCUCGGGAUAGAUAAAGCUUCUUGAAUCUGAAUCUUGAAUCUUGAACUCUCUACUGGGUGUCUGUGGCGCAGAGGCAGAGCGGGUCGUCCCCUAAUUGGAAGGUUGUUGGUUCGAUCCCUGGCUACUGAUGCCGCAUGUCGAGGUAUCCUUGAGCAAGAUACUGAACCCCAAAAUGCUCUUGCAUCUCGUGCAUCGAUGCAGAGCACCAUGGGUCGGACCAAUAGCAGUACUAUCUCCCAUAGCAUUCCAGUGGUCGGGGUGUGCCUUGCUGCUUUGCUCCUCAGCAAUGUCUUGAUCUACCUGUAUCUGGACUCUGUGUAUCAGACUGAUCAGCAGCCGGUGUCCUCUUAUGUAGGCUGUGGGCCUCGACACUUUAAAAUGACGACCAUGAAAAACUGCACCCCCUGGCUCCAGUGUUCACAGAUAAAUUCUGAAGUUCACAAGCUGAAGCUGAUUGGCCAGGGUGCCGUUAAGAAGGUCUAUCUGGCAGAGUGGAGGAGACAGAAGGUGGCUCUAUCCAAACUAGCCUCUCUGGAUUACCUGGAUGAUUUUCUCCAUGGACUGUCCAUGCUAGAGGCCCUGCAGAGUCCCCUGGUGGUGCAGUUGGUGGGGUUUUGCCUCGAAGACAACACCCUGGUCACGGAACACCACCCACUUGGUUCACUGCUUAACUUGGAUGCUGUUCUUGCACAGGAGCGGCACCAACAACACAACACGUGGCAGAUCCGGCUGAGGUUGGCUACAGAUUAUGUCGCCAUCCUCCAUUACCUCCAUAACAGCCCAGCUGGGCGGCGGGUUAUGUGUGAUUCCAACAGCCUGGAGAAAACUCUCUCUCAGUUUCUGCUGACUAGUGACUUUCAUUUGGUAGUUAAUGAUGUGGAUGCGCUGCCUGAGGUAGACCCAUCCAGAGGUCUGUUUGUGAAAUGUGGCCACCGGGAGCUCACAGGGGACUUUGUAGCCCCAGAGCAGCUGUGGCCAUUAAGAAACCAAGGGAAGCCAUUUUCAGACGAUCUCAUGCAUGAGUAUGAUGAGAGGACAGAUAUCUGGAAGAUCCCAGACGUGACAUGGUUCCUAAUGGGAAGGGUACCUGGAGGGGAUUUAGUCCACUUCCAUCUCUUUCAGAUCCAUGAGGAGUGUAAGAAGGAAGACCCUAAGCUCCGCCCUUCAUCUCUGGAUGUUUUGAAGGUAUACAAAUCAGUCUACAGCAACAUGGUACGAGACAGUGCUGGCUUUAGAGACAUGCUGUAGAAUACAUCUGACUCACAGACAAUGAACAUACAAUAGAAAUUCAAGCUUCAGUUUUAUAGUUUUGUGCAGUAUAAUAAAUGCUUCUCUGUUUGGAA